ACAAACAAAAACAAAAGUCGGUGACAAAAAAGAAGAAAAAAUGUGAAACGCAAUAGCAAAACCUAACCUUCCUAACCAAAAAUUGGAGCAACCACAGUUGCUCGGAGCCUGUUACCGAACCACUGUCACCGGCACCGGAGACGAUUGACGUUGCCGUCGCCUCCGCCGCUGUAAGACUCGCCGGAGUCGCACCUCUGCAGCCCUUUCCGUCUCCGGAGUCGCACCAAUUUCUUUGUUCGAAAGAGGGGCACGUUUUGAAGUUCUACCCUGACAGAAAUUCAGAUUUGAGGGUAUAAGUUGAUCGAAAUAUGCUUCAGAUUCGGCUUAGCAAGACUCCUGCCUCAGAAGGGUCAGCGGGGGUGAAGGUGUCACCUGCUGAGACUGUUACAGUUGCAUGCCCUGACCAUCUGGUCCUUGCUGAUCUUCCUGUUGCAAAGGGCAUUGGGGCAGCUACUGCUGCUUCCCUUGUCAAGACUUUGGGCCGAAGAUCCCGCCGCCAGCUUGGCGAGCGAGUACAUUUCUGUGUUCGCUGUGAUUUCCCCAUUGCUAUUUAUGGACGACUGAGCCCUUGUGAGCAUGCUUUCUGCCUCGAUUGUGCUAGAAGUGAUUCACUGUGCUACCUGUGUGAUGAACGAAUCCAGAAGAUUCAGACAAUCAAAAUGAUGGAAGGGAUCCUCAUAUGUGCAGCUCCUCAUUGUCUCAAGUCUUUUAUGAAGAGGGCUGAAUUUGAAUCUCAUAUCCAAGACAACCAUGCUAACCUUCUCCGUUCAAAUGCUGAUAAAGAGGAUGGAAAUGAGUCAGAGGCUCAGAGCGUGAGGCAACCUACAGCUUCAGAUUCCACCGCUCGAGGCCCCCAGAGGCCAGUUUUUUCUCCUGGUUCGAAUUCCCAGCAACAUGACCUGGAAGACAGAACUCGUCGUCAGCCACCAAGAGAUCAAGCUCCUUCACGGCCAACUCUGCAGCAGCAAAAGCCACCAUUUUUUGGUCAACAACAUCACCCUUCAGAUACCUUGUCUGGUUCUGUUGGAGGUAUACAGCAAGGCUUUCAUCAACAAAGUUUUGACAUGCAGCAGCAUCCCCCACAAGAACCUUCCCAGCAAGCAGAUACCUCAUUUCAGGAGUAUCCAACAAUGCACUCUGCACAACCUCCAAAUAUGCCCUCAAUGGUUACUUCAAACCCAAUGCUCAACCCGCCAGUGCCAUUCGGUUACCCCCCUUACCCGCUGCCCGAACGGGCUCAACCAUUUUAUGCUGCUCCUUAUGAUAUGCCUAGGCAGGACUCGACUUCUGAUAUCGGUGGGGACCAGAGUCAAUUACCACCGGGUUUUCAAGGGAAUUAUGCCCAGCCCUGGCAUGCGGGUGCGCCUUUCGAACAAGUUGCAGAUCCAAGGGAUGCCAAAGGUGUACUGGCAUCACAGCCAAUGCAUCUUCCUCCACCACCCCCACCUCUACCUCACAUGUCACAUUUGAAACAGAACUACUAUUCUGGUGAGCCUGGGCAUGAUGGUCAGGGUUAUGGUGGGUGGCAGCAUGAUAGCCGUGACAGUUUUGGCAGCCAAGGCUAAUAAGGUUCCCAAUCUUUAGUUUCCUUAAUUUGGAUACUUUAGAAGCUGUUUCUGCAUGUGUAUGCAUCUGUUGAAUUGCUGAACAUCAAUUAAACUCGCUUAUGGUUUUGCUUUUUGUGUUUGUAUAUUCUAAAAUCGAAUAUUUUCCUUUGUUGAUUAUCGAAGGUCACCUGACGAUUUAUGUUCC